UCAGAUUUAUUGAGUAUGGGCAAAAUAGAAAACAAAGUUGAAUUAAUGGAAGAAAGGCCAUCGUCGUCAUCUUCAACGACGUCGUGUUAUGUGGUGGAUCCGUUGUUGAAAGAUCUGAGUGAGAAGAAACAGAAUUUCAGGCGAAACGUGGUGUCACUUGCGGCUGAGCUGAAGGAGGUUCGUAGCCGUCUAGCUUGUCAAGAACAGUCUUUUGUUCGUGAAACCCUAACCAGACAGGAAGCAGAGAGUAAAGCUAAGAAAAUGGAAGAAGAGAUAAACAAAUUGCAGAAGAAUUUGGAGGCGAGGAACGGACAGCUUCAAGUUUCAGCUAUAAACACUGAGAAGUAUGUCAAGCAGUUGGAUGAUCUUAGAUCACAACUUUCCACUACUCAAGCAACUGCAAAUGCAAGUGCUGCAUCAGCUCAAUCUGCACAGCUUCAGUGUUUGGCGCUUUUGAAAGAGUUGGAUGAGAAGAACAGUUCACUAAAGGAACAUGAAGUUCGUGUAAAUAGACUUGGUGAGCAGUUAGAUCUUUUGCAGAAGGAUCUUCAAGCAAGAGAAACAUCCCAAAAGCAAUUGAAAGAUGAGGUCGUGAGAAUUGAGCAUGAUAUCAUGCAAGCAUUAGCAAAAUCCAGCGCAAACAAAGAUUGUGAAUUGAGGAAGAUUUUAGAUGAGGUCUCACCAAAGAAUAUUGAGAAGAUGAACAAGCUGUUGACGAACAAAGAUGAAGAAAUUGCCAAACUUAGGGAUGAAAUCAGGAUCAUGUCUGCCCACUGGAGACUAAAAACCAAUGAGUUGGAAUCUCAGUUAGAAAAGCAUCGCAGGGCUGAUCAAGAGUUGAAAAAGAGGAUUAUGAAGUUGGAAUUCUGUCUCCAAGAGGCUCGAACUCAAACUCGCAAGCUCCAUAGGAUGGGGGAACGACGUGACAAAGCUAUUAAGGAACUGAGAGACCAAUUAGCGACUAAGCAAUUCGGAACUUCCAGCGAUAAUAAACAGAACUUCUGGGAUACCUCAGGAUUCAAGAUUGUUGUUUCAAUGUCCAUGUUGGUGUUAGUCCUCUUUUCGAAGCGGUAAUAUUUAUUAGUGUUCUUAACUAUGUAAAAAGGAGAUGUGUAGCUAGUUUCAACUCGGGGAGAAAUUAGGGAAAGCUGUAGAGCUACUGUUGUAUAUGUAGGAAUGUUAAUCAUACUUAAAAGGGGUAUCUUUUUGUACCUCAAAGGCUGUCACAGCCGAACCCAUAAUUUUGAUCCUCAAUUAUUAGAUACAUGCGUUAUAUAA